AUGUCGGCCUCUCCAGUCCCCGCAACUGCGCCUUCGCAAAAGCGCCCCCUCGAGGAGCCUUCCUCGCCCAACGGCCCUACCGACCAGCCCGACGCCAAGAGACCUGCCCUUGACAAGGUAGUCAAGGACGAGGCUCCCAUUCACGAGGCCGCUCCCGCCUCGCCUUCCGCCGCCGAUGUCAAGUCCGACCCAGAGCCCUUGGCUCCCACUGCCGCUACCGCAGACGAUGAAUCAAACGAAGGCCCUUCGGAUUCCCACGCAGACACGGUCGUGCUUGAUGCUCCCCCAGCUGGAAUGCCUUCGGCUACUCAAGUGCUCGAGACCCAGCCCGUCCAAUCCACUGCCGCUAACGGCGCAUCAGCUGGUGGUCAAGAUCAGUACUCUACACAACAGCAGGAUGAGAGCAACUGGCUGCACAUCAGAGCUAUCAUCUCUAGUGCCGAAGCUGCUACCGUGAUCGGAAAGGGUGGAGAGAAUGUUACUCAAAUCCGUCGCAUGAGCGGAGCUAAGUGUACCGUCAGUGAUUAUUCGCGCGGCGCUGUUGAACGUGUCUUGACCGUUAGCGGCCUCGUCGAUGCUGUUGCAAAGGCCUUCGGUCUCAUCAUCCGCACACUAAACAACGAGCCUCUUGAAGCGCCCUCGACUCCCCAGUCCAAGACUUACCCCCUCCGUCUUCUCAUCCCGCACAUCCUCAUCGGUUCCAUCAUCGGCAAGGGAGGUGUCAGAAUCCGUGAGAUUCAGGAAGCCUCUGGCGCUCGCUUGAAUGCAUCCGACUCUUGCCUGCCUCUGUCGACUGAACGUUCGCUCGUUGUUUUGGGUGUGGCUGACGCUGUCCACAUUGCGACUUAUUACGUUGGUAGCACCCUCGUUGAGCAGCUCUCCGAGCGUUUCGGUGGUCCUGCAGCUUCAGCAUACGCUACUCGCAGUGGUGCUCCCGCCGGUGUUGUCCCCGGAGGUAUGCAAGUUGUUCCUUAUGUUCCUCAGCCAGCUGGUGGACAAUGGGGACCUCCAGACCACUUCCGUCGCCAGCCUCCUCCCCAGCGUGGUGCCCCUCCUGCUGGCUAUGGCAUGCAGCAACAACACCCUUACGGCGGCGCACCUACUCCCGUGCACCCUCAAGCACCUGUUCACUACCCUGCUGCAUCGCCCAGACAGCCGUACAUCGGCGCAGGCCCUCACGCUCCGGCUCCUCACGCCGCUGCUUACCCUGCUCAGCCCGCUGCUGCUGCAACUGCCGCACACGCAGGUCCCCCUCAGCAGCCCAUGCAAGGCAUGGUACCCGGCCAGCCUCUAACUCAACAGAUCUUCAUCCCCAACGACAUGGUCGGCGCUAUCAUCGGAAAGGGCGGUGCAAAGAUCAACGAGAUACGCCAGCUCAGUGGAAGUGUCAUCAAGAUUAAUGAGCCUCAAGACAACAGCAAUGAGCGUCUUGUUACCGUCACUGGUACACAGGAGUGCAACCAAAUGGCGCUCUUCAUGCUCUAUUCUCGUCUUGGUCAGUAA